AAUAGAAACAUUCUUUGACAAUAAACCUAGUGAAGUGAACACGGUUCUUAUAAAAAUAUUCUAGUGAUUAUGUUUUAUGGCAGUUUAAUCAUCAACCUGUAGCCGCGUCGAUCGUCACCGUGUGAUGUGGCGACAUUGAUUAAUAACACGUCCCCGAUUGCCGGCCUUGUGGUUGUGAUGUACGAAAGGCAACCAACGUCUGUGCAGAACAGGUGUGAAAGGCACUAACACUGCGUGAACCGUUACGGAUUAGCAGAUCAGCCGGCUGUCGAGAACAUGGAAGACAUUAAGGAAAAUCUAAUACCCAACCUACACUUUGCGGAAAACGACGAGGAAGAGCUGGCAGAAGAGAUUGGACUACCGAGGCGUCCGACCAUUCCAUCGCUACUGCAACGGAAUUCCCAAAUAAACCUGCUAGAACAAAUGGAUCACAGCGGCGAGCAGAACAAGCUAAAUGAGCUGCGGCAACGAAAGGGCACGGUGCGGUUUACCCCAUCGAAAGUCACCCGGCAGGAAAAGGCACUGCCACCGGAUGAACAAACGACGUUCGGUGAAAGCCUUAUGGUGCUGGAAUUCGGCGAAAGCGCCCCAAUUGAAGCGAUACAGUGGAUCAUGGACAAGAUCCGCGGGCGCCGGGUUGACGGAGGUUUAGAACUGCUCGUCCGAAAGGAACCGCUCAGCAAAGAUAGUCAAACGAUCAUAUUUCACAUCUCGGCCACACACAUGAAGCUGCUCGAGAUUGCGGACGAUAUGGGCUUCAUGAAGCGCACCAAAUCGGGGAUCAUUCGAAACUUUAACGUUGCCUGUUUGGAUGAGUUUUUCUACGACGAAGGAAUGGCGCUGGAGGACAUUCUAACGCCAGCGGAUCGGCAGAUAAUUAUCAAGCAUGCACUGGAAUCGAUCAAGGCGGCCGAUGACGAGCAUCGGAUACCGGGCACCAAGAUUAUACUUUACCACGGCCAAUCGAUCAUACAGGCGGCACAGGGUGCGGAGAUAAUCGGCAAUCUAUACUCGCUGCACGAUAAGCGAACGCUGAAAGAGCUACGUCAUCGGUGGAUAAAACCGACGCGCGUUCAGCCGAUCGACGAGAUACGCGACUACUUCGGUGAGAGUGUCGGAAUGUACUUUUCCUUCCUUGGGUUCUACACGUACGCGCUCGUGGUGCCAACGGUGUUCGGCUUUCUGCAGCUUGGCCUAUCGGAGGAAACGGAAACCGUACCGUUCUUCUGCGUGUUCUACGUCGUCUGGAUGAAGGUGUUUCUGGAGCUGUGGAAGCGCAAAAGUUCUUCCCACGCGUACCGUUGGGGUACGAUCACGAUGACGAAUUUGGACGAACCGCGGCCCGGUUAUUACGGGAAGCUUGCGCGCGAUCCCAUCACCGGCAAGUGGACGCCACAGUACCCAAAGUGGAAAACGUACGUCCAGAUGUACUGCGUAACGGCACCGAUCAUCAUGCUGUGCAUGGGCAUUGCCGCCUUUGUAACGAUCUUUCAGUUCUACGUCGAGGCGGAACUAGCCGUACUGUUCGGACCGGAUGCGUACAUCAUGUACCUGCCGUCGGUGGUGAACGCCAUCUAUAUCGCCGUAUCGACGCUGGCGUACGAUCGGCUAGCGACGUAUCUCACGGAUAAGGAGAACCAUCGCACCCAAAGCCAGUACGAGCGGCACCGUGUGAACAAGCUGAUCGUGCUCGAGUUUGUGAACAAUUUCCUCUGUCUGUUCUACAUCGCGUUCAUACUGCAGGACAUGAAGAUGCUCAAAACACAGCUGAUGAUGCAGCUGAUCGUGCUCCAGUUUCUCCAGAACGUGUUCGAAAACCUGUACCCCUACUUGAAGAAGAAGGUUGGCCUCAAGAUUGUACGACUGUUUGUGAAAUCGAAUUACGAGAAGCUGAAGCAAGCACACGAAUCGUACGACGAAAUGGGACUGCAUUCGCUGGACGACGAUGAUGCGCGCGUACUACAGAACCGCAAGGAAAGGAUCCUGGAAGAGUACAACACGUACGACGAUUACCUGGAGCUGUACAUACAGUUCGGGUACGUAGUGUUGUUUUCCUCGGUAGCACCCCUGACGGCUUUCUGGGCCAUUCUGAACAACGUGAUCGAGAUACGGCUCGAUGCGUACAAGCUGUGCAGCUUCUUCAAGCGUCCGUUCGCACGUCGCACGAAAAACAUCGGGGCCUGGCAGCUGGCAUUCGAAACGCUGGCCGUGAUUUCGAUACUGACCAACUGUGGCAUCCUCUACCUUUCGCCUCAUAUGCGUGAGCUUGGUGCCGAUUUCAGCCGUGAGGCAUACACACUCACCUUCCUGAUCAUUGAACAUGUGCUGCUUGGGUUAACCUGGUUCAUCUACAAAGCCAUCCCGGAUACACCGCACUGGGUGCGUGUGGCAUUAGCAAAGGCCGAGCACGAAUCGCGUCAAGCGCUGAAACGAGAGGAAUAGAAAACGAUACGGCAAGCUAUUCACCUUCCGUACUGGACUCCGCCACUAUUGAAACAUUUUCGCUCCCAAUUGCCAUCUCAUCAUACACACACCAUACACAUCGAGAACUGCAGCAAACAAACUCCCCGUAGAUCAUCCAUAGAUCCGUUUCUGCCUGUGCUGUAAACUAUGAUUAAAGUGAUUUAUGGUCAACACGACGGAAGCAAUAAUCGAUUGCCUAUUAACGCUUACCUUAAUGCCACAAAGUGCCUAAGUGCCUAAACUAAGCAGUGAAGCGGGCAGCAAGUAACAUGCGUGAUGUGUUUUGGUUUUUUUUUACUGAUAAUGUGUAAUAAGUGCGAAUAAGUUUUAAUUUCUACAAACGAAGAAGCCAUUUUGAAACGUCUCUACCUCAGUGCAAAUCUUUGCCCGGCCAAUAACUCUAAAUAGGGUAUGCUUUCAGAGCUCAUUUUAAAACGUGUGUUCGCGUGUGUGUUUGUCUUUGCGUGGUCAAAAUUUACUAAAAUCGAUAGGAAGAGCAUGUUCAUAGGGUAAGGGGGUUUGUAAAAUGGCUCACCCAUUGUUACUUACAGAACGCACAACGAUCUCGCAACGUGCUGUUUCGCAGGUUUCGUAGCGUAUACGAUACGCAUUCGAUGCUGAACUAAGAAACCUAAUCAUGACUGCAAAUGGAGAAAAAAGACCGCAAAGCAGUAAAGUCAUUAAAUUCUUUUGAUUCGCUAAGCAAUAUCAAGGGUGCGGUUGUAUGUGAACGAUUGUAUGAUUUUUAUUGCUGAUUCGUUUGGUAGAUAGAAUUUAAUAAAGCCUA